AUGGACAAGAACAACGUGGUGGCACAGAAUGCUGUGUUUGUGGAGUCUUUGCAGAAGGAGAGGAAGGCGUUUCGUCUGAGAGAAGAGUUCAUGCUGGUCCCUAAAAGCAUGAAUACUAUAGCCCCGAAACCCUGUCACGUCCGAGGAGGAGAAAUGCCGGCAGAGAUAGCGAAGAAGCUGAACUCCACACUUGAAGAGCAACACAAGACACCGAAACAGAAGUAUGACGAGCCCAUGACAACUCAGCAGGAGAUAGGAUGGUUGACGCAAGAGUAUGCCCAUCAGUUCAAAGAUAGAAAGCAAUAUGGUUUGAAGAGCAACCCGAUCACGAAAUAUGCAGAGAAGUACGUCGUUGAUAUGGGGAGAAAUCCAUUUCAGAGAAAACCUCCGAUUGCGUGA